AUGGGUGUCAGAUUUCCGCAUUGGAUGUGUUCUUCAUCACUUCCAAAUCUGAUUGAAGUUUCAGUGAUUAAUUGCAGAAGAUGCGAACAACUCCCCCUGGUCAGCCACUCACCAUUCAUUAAAGUUCUUGUGAUACAAGGAAUGUAUGCUUUGAAAUCAAUUGACAACCAUUUCUCUGAUGGUGAUGAUGUCACAGAGGGAUUUCAGUCACUGAAAGAACUCAGCUUGAAAGAUUUGCCUAAUUUAGAGUGGUCAGGAUUCAAUGGAAGAGAAGUACUCCCUCACCUUGUCAAAUUAACUGUUUGGGCAUGUCCAAAGUUGACAAUGCUUCCAUGCCCUCCAUCUCUAAAAGAAUUGGUAUUGACGGAUAGUAAUGAGAUGUUGGUAGGUUCAGUGGAAAACCUAUCCUCACUUUCCUCCCUUGUGAUUCUAUGUUUCAAGGAGCUAAGGUCGCUGCCAGAUGGGUUGUUUGAAAACCAUACCCAUCUCUUGAGCCUAGCAAUUGGCGUAUGCCCAAAGCUAGAGUCUGUAUCUAGGGAGCUUGGAAGCCUUUCUGCUCUUGAGUCUCUGUCUAUUUGGGGCUGCAGUAUGUUGGUAUCUUUGCCAGAGGAGUUACAAAACCUCACCUCUCUCCGGUCGCUGCAGAUUAAAGAUCGCAAUGGUCUAACGUCCUUGAGACUACAAGGCUUGAGCUCUCUUCAAGAUCUAUUCAUCCAGGGGUGUCAAAGCUUAACGAGUUUGAUAGGGGGACUGCAACACCUCACUGCCUUACAAGACUUGUUCAUUAAUAAUUGUCCGGAGCUGGCAUAUUUACCAGAGGAUAUGCAACACCUUACUUCCCUUCGACGACUCACCAUAUGGAGCUGUCAGAAGUUGACAUGUUUGCCGGAAGGGCUACGACAUGUCACAACACUGGAAGAUCUAUCAAUCGGUGGAAUGACUCCGCCCGAGUGGAUAGGAAACCUGUCCUCGCUUCGACGUUUGGAGAUUGAGGGUUGUGAUAAAUUGACAUGUUUGCCUUCAGGGUUGCAACUCCUAACAAACCUCCAACGCCUACAAAUCUGGAAAUGGCAAAGUCUAACAGCUCUGCCGGAGUGGAUAGGAAACCUGUCAUCGCUUCGAUUUUUGGAAAUUAACGAAUGUCCUCAAUUGGAGUGUUUGCCAUCAGGGUUGCAACUCCUAACAAAUCUCCAACGUCUACUAAUCAAUAGCUGUCCCCAGCUACAGAAGCGAUGCGAGAUGGAGAAAGGUGAGGAUUGGCACUACAUAUCACACAUCCCAGAUAUCCGUGUUCGCAACUAUGUCCCCAUUUAA